CAUUUCUUGCUUCUCGUACACAAUCCGUGUGUUCAUAUUAGAUUCAUAUCAGAUUAUUACUCAAACAUUUGAGUUUCAAAUUGACGUAAACUGGCUUGAAAGUUUCAUCGUUCUACCAAUAGAAAUAAAAUAAAGAAUAUGAAAUAAAGAAUGGGCCAUAUUCUGAUUGUAUACAGAAUGCUGCCGACAAAGGCCCAUAUACCCCAUGUUUUCAUGGUUCUGCAUGUCACUUUGCUGGUUGUUUUAUUUAUACAAGAAUCAUCUUCCAGCCAAUGUGGAAGUUUGCAAGAGAAAAAAGGGGACUUUGCAUUCACUGCUAAAAGCUGGAUUGCCAAGAUUGCCAAUCAAGACGACAGUGUGGUAAUAGAUUGUACAACAAAUAAUGGAAAUGCAACUGUUUAUCUUCAGUUUAAUCCGCAUACUGUGUGGUUAAAUUUGACAUCAGACAGUGAUUUAAAAGUUAACCAAGUUCGCUCAGUGUUUGUCAUACCACAGAUUGAUAAUAGGUACCUAGGGUAUUAUAGAUGUGUUGCAACCCUGAUGGAAAGUAACAUUUGUCUAGUCAAAGGUCCUUUGUUUGUUGCAGCUAGGAAAAAUAUUGUCAUUGAAAUACUUCCACGAAGUCCAAUCAUAGCUAUUGAAGGAGAACAACUGAGCUUCUACUGUUUGGCACAAGGAACUGGCUCAAAAUCAGAUUCACUAUUAAAGUGGUAUAAGCAAACUGAGAGUGGUAAGGUUCCAUUGGAUGGUUCAUUGAUAACAAAUGAUGGCUACAUAGCGGGAGGCAAAGGAUAUGACAAGGAUAUUGUUAAUAUUGAACGGGUGAAGAAAAGUGAUGCUGGAAUUUACAUUUGUGAAAGAGCUGGAUCAGCUACAGAGUUUAAUAAAACAGAGGUCAGAGUUCAGGGUCCUGUUGCACCUGAGGUUACUUUGCAGCCACUCAGAAGGGAAGAGAGGGUCACUGAAGGAAGUCGCAUUGAAGUAGUUUGUAAAGACGUGAAAGGUGAACCAAAACCAACUAAGGAAUGGAGAAGCCCAAAGGGAGAAGUUCUUUUGAAAUGUGAUCAGCAUACAGAAACAUGCACAUUGAGAAUUAGUAGUGUUUCCUAUGACAAGCAUCAUGGAAAAUUUACAUGUGUGGGAAAAAAUUCUGGUGGCAGUAGCAGUAUUGAUAUAUUUGUUAGUGUCUUGAUUGGAGUCCAAUUGCAAAAGGGUCCUGCUAUUGAUGUAGCACGGUUUAAGGAUCAAGCAAAACUGACUUGCAUGGUAGAAAAGGCUAAUCCACUGCCAACUUUCACAUGGUUUUACCAAAUUUGGUCUUGUCCAGGCAGUGUUUGUAAACCGGUGGACGACCAGUGGACAAAAGCCUUUACCAAAGUUUCUGUUGCUCCACCGGAAUCAGUUGCUGCAAAUACGAGCAUUUUAACUGUUCCGCCUUCACAAAUAACUGCAUUUUACAGCUGUCAAGCAUCAAAUGGACUUGGCACCGACUUUCGUAACAUGACACUGCACAGAUUAGAAAAUCCUCCAACAGUUUUCAAAAUUUCUGCCACAAGACAGUCUGUGAAUGAAAAUGACACGUUCCAUCUUAACUGCACCACAUCGGCAAGCAUCUACAAGUCAGUCAAGUGGGUAAAGAACGAAAAGACACUUGUAGAAGAACCACCAAGAUUGAAUCUAAAAACUCUAGAAACAAAAGACUUCCUACGAGUCACAGUCAUUAAAUUUAACACAGUCAAGUUAUCUGAUACUGGAGAUUAUAAGUGCAUUGGAAAGAUGGCUAAUGGAACAGAAAAGACCAUACAACAUAUUCUGAAUGUCAAAGCCUUAGCAGCCCCGUUUGUGAGUGGUUUUGUCGACCGAACAGUUAAUCAGUCAUUCGAGAACGUGGUAUUUCUCUGUAAUGCUACGGGAAACCCGUUGCCAAAAAUAACAUGGAAACUAGGAAACAAGAAAAUUGACAGCGUAGGAUAUUUAGAUGACAUCAAAGCUUGUAAUAUCAGAAAGCAAGGGUUUUUCUUUCUCAAUGGGAUGCAAAAGAACAGACUUGCAAUAUGCGAUAUGAGUUAUAAAAAGCACGAAGGGACAUAUACCUGUACAGCAAGCAACAUUGUCUCCUCUGCCUCCGUCAGUAUGAAAGUCCAUAUUUAUUCUAAACCAAUGAUUGUAAAAUGGCACGAGAACGUCGGGUUUGAGCCUGGUUCUAAAGUGAGACUUUUCUGCGAAGCUGACGGUAAUCCGUCUCCAAAUGUUACGAUAUUCCGCGUUGUGGAUGCAAAAGAAAGUCCUUUAGAGGGACAGAAAAGAUACAACAAUGGGUCGGUGUACAUUUCAUUUGAAUCGGAUAGCCACACCCAAGGCCGCUACUUGUGCUCCGCAGAGAACAAAUAUGGCGCAUCAAAAAGAUUUGCUAACGUUGUCAUUCAAGGACGCACUUCUACUGUGGUGAAAGAACCUCUUUCGUCAAGCAUAGUAGCUGCCAUUGUCGUUUCCUGUUUAGUUUUUGUCGCAAUUGUUAUCCUUGUGGCAUUCCUCUAUAAAAGGAAAUUGGACAAGAAGUAUGCUCCCUACUUGAAGCCCAACAAAUACUUCGAGAUGGACCCUGAUAGGACGUUGUUCGAUCAAUGCAGUGAGUUACCGUACGAUCCAGACUGGGAAUUCCCCCGUGACCGACUGAACUUCCUCAAAAUGAUCGGAUCUGGUGCAUUUGGUGAGGUUUGGUUGGCAGAGGCCCAAGGCAUCCUUACACUGGAACCGAGGGACAAAACAAGCAACGCCGCUAAGAGGAGAUCGAAAAUUAGAAAGAGUCAGAGAUACACACAUGUACAUGGUAGUGAAAAGAAGAAGAACGCGCUGACGGAUACAGUGACCGAAAAGACUCUAGUAGCAGUCAAAACAUUGAAAGGAGACGCUUCUGACAACGAAUAUAAGGACUUGGCUUCUGAACUGAAAAUUUUGAUUCAUCUUGGGGAACAUAAACAAAUUGUUAAUUUGAUGGGUGCUUGUACACGGGGAGGAAAACUUUGCGUUGUUUUGGAAUAUUGUCCUCACGGAAGUUUGCUGAACUUUCUACGAGAUAGAAGAGACAUUUUCCAACCAACAUGGUUCAAGAAUGAACCCGAUAUGGCCAAAGAACUGACGUAUAUAGACUUAACAAUGAUUGCUUAUCAAAUUGCAAAAGGAAUGGACUUUCUGGCAUCGAAAAAGUGUGUUCAUAGAGACAUCGCGGCAAGAAAUGUGUUGAUUGGAGUUGAUUUCCUCGUGAAAGUUGCUGAUUUUGGCCUUGCGCGAGAUAUUUAUAAAGAUGAACUCUACAUCAAAUCGACUAGUGGGCUUCUCCCCGUCAAGUGGAUGGCGCCAGAAUCUUUGUUUGAUAAGAUCUACACAAGCCAGAGUGACGUGUGGUCUUAUGGAAUUGUCUUAUGGGAAAUUUUCACCCUUGGAGGAUCUCCGUACCCUGGAUUACCGACGGAAGAUUUAUUCCCAUUUCUGGAGCAGGGCCGUCGAAUGGAGCAGCCGGAGUGGUGUCCGUUGGAAUUUUAUGCCCUUAUGAAUGAUUGUUGGGAAAAAAAUCCGAAUGACCGGCCUUUGUUUUCACAGCUUGUUGACCGGAUCGGACAAAUUAUUUCAAACCGCUCUGGACAGGACAAUCCUUACCUCCAAUUUGAAUGUGAAGACGGCGCAGCCAAGCCAAGUGACUCAGACUAUUUGAUUCCAAUUGUAAAAAAGAAAAGCUCUUUUGAUGAUGAUGAUGAUGAUGACUAUAUUUCUCCUGUUGUGAACACCGAGGGAAAGAGGAAUCAGGAAAGCGCCGAUGCUCAUUUGUACCUAAACGAUGAUGCGGUGAGAAUGAGUCUGUUGCACGAUUACGAUUCGCACGCAUCAGAUUACAACAAUACGGGCCUUUGCAGUGACGAAAUUGCGGUCUAAGUGCAAGGCUGGUUCUAUGGAUCUCAACGUAUGGACACUUACCGUAAAUCCUCGAAUUGCCCGCCCCCCUCGAAAAAAGCCCCCCCCCUUAAUAAGCCCCCACCCUAGAACUACAAUUUUCCAAUAGCCUCCCCCCUCGAAUAAGCCCCCACAGCUACCGUAUAUUCUCGAAUUGGACCCCUCAAUUUGACGGUUUUGCCAUCUGAGGUUGCCUAUGGCGUUUUAUUGAAUUACCGCGACAAAUUCGUACUUUUGGUAGUAAUUAAUUAAAUGCUCAUAAAGAAAUUCCUACUAAAAUAAACAAGGUAUUUUAAUAAUGUCUUCUUUUUGUCUACAAUAAUUUUAUAAGCGCCCCCCUCGUACAAGCCCCCCCCCCUCAAAUAAGCCCCCGUCCAAAAACAUCAAAAAUAAAUAAGCCCCAGGGGGCUAAUUCGAGGAUUUACAGUAUGCCACUGCUUCAUGCAUUCUAUAGCUUUGCAUUUUUAUAAGGCAGCCAGUAUUUAUGUUUUUUAAGCAAGUAAGCACAUACACCAACAUAUGCCAUUAUGGUUUUUUUAAUUUUCAGGUUAAUGUUAGAUAAAUACUUGACAAUUUAAUAUAGGUUUUGAUAAUAUUUUUCCUGAUUCAAGAAUUUUUUGAAAAUUUUUACAAUAUCAAAAUUAUUGAGUAUAAUAUUCCCAGUUAACCAAAGUUCUUUUCUUUCAGUAAAUUUUUCGCUUUAUUUACUAUAUCUAUUUUAAAAUCUCAAAAUAUGAUCGCUACUCUUUUUAUAUAAGAACUAGAUAAUUUCAUCCGAGGCUCAUUGCUAUCAUUUUUUGAUAAUUUGUGCCCUUUAGUGUUCUUAAAGCUGUUUUUUAUUCAAAAAAAUAUUUAUCUGCAACUACAUGCUGAAAAUUGUUUCUAAAACCAUCCAAAAGUAAUUUUGCAUGACAUUUUCAGCACUUUUGGUAAGCCAAUAAAAUCUGCUGUGGUUUGUUGAUAUGAGAGUAAAUUUUCAGGAAGCAUUGAUUAUUCAUCUGAGGCUAAGCAUGUUCUAAGUCUGUUCUUGUUUUUUGACAAAUCGAGCCUCCAUUCUCUUAUAAAAAGAGGAUGUAUUUAGGUUGCUAUGAAAUCCCAAUGUUUUAUACAUAGAACUACUUGAGUUUCAUCAGUAGCAGAAAUUCAUUUUCAGGUGGAGGGGGGGCUCAAUGCCCACAAAAUGAGCAAAUUUACCUACAAAAGUAAAUCUUAACCGACAAUUUAGCACUUGCCGCCCCCCCCCCUAACAUCCCCGUAAUUUCCGCCUCUGAGUAGUAUAAUCGCUGUAAGUAUUAUAAGAACUAUUUAGACUUUUUCAUUUGAUAUUUACUUUAAUCAGAGUUAUAAUUCCAUAUUUUCUUUAUAUUCCUCUUGGAGCCUUUAUUUAAUAUUCCAAGAACUCCUCUUUUUGAUCUUAUUUUACAUUUUGACGAAGCACUUCUUCCAUAUCAUUUACUUUUUUAUUUUUGUAUACGCUAAUGCUGUUUUUGAUGAAUUCCAUAUUUGGUAAUGCCCUCAAGGGUUUUACAUGCCACGUAUCUUUUACUUGUUAUUAAAAUGUUCACUUGUUAUCAAAACCUUCACUUCACUU